UAAAGUGAAGCUUCUCUUGCCCGUCGUACCUUUGAUCAUGGCGAGUGGAAAGCAUUUGCUGCUCAUUGCAGUGUUGCCACUCAUGGUAAGAUGUCAAAAACCACAAGUUUUGAUGGUACCUGCAUUUAAAAUGGCCUUCAUUGGGGAUACAGUUUACUUAAAAUGCAAUCCAAGUGCGAGCUCAGUGACAUGGCACAAACCUAAUGCUGAGACAAUCGACGGACAAGACACUUUGAAAGUGGAAAUUAAAAACUCAAACGACGGAGGCCCUUAUUGGUGCGAGAUCAGUAGGACAAAGAGUGACCCUGUUUCAGUCAAUGUCAUGGAAUCUGGUCUCAGCGCUUCACUCACCAUUGAGACAGGCUAUCAGAACAUGUGGAAGGGAGGUGCAGUUAUCCUGAAGCUUGAAAAUAAGGAUGGUCUGAAAGGGUGGAGGUGCUGGGUGUGCAGGGGUGGAGAAAGUCUAAAAAUGGUUUCACUGAAAUUGGAGGGCGUCAAUAACAGUAUGGUGUUUCAAACUGCUGACCUCAAUGUCGAUGAGACUAUUUACUGGUGUACGGAUAAGGAUCGAACUCACAGAAGUAACCAAGUAAUUCUCACCACCUCUGAUCCAUGGAAGCUUCCAAAACCACCUAAGACGGAGGGGAAGUUGGGGAUGGUGUUGGGAAUAUUGUUGGUAUUGGUGGGGAUGUUGGUGGUGAUAGUGGUGGUAGGUUUACGACGUAGGAGAAGAAGUGACGGAGGGCGGAUUUAUGAGGAUGUGGCACUGAGAUCAAAAGAGCGAGGUGAUGACAAGUAUGAAACUCUGGAGAAGGCAUCUGGGAGGGAGCGAGAGUACGACACCCUUGCAGGAGCAUCAGGCGGAGAGCCGAAAGGUGGCGAAUAUGAACCACUGAAGAAAGGCGAAAUGAAAGAGGGGGUAUACCACACUUUAGGGGCGGAAGGGGCGGCGGGUGGAGAGGGUGGAUACGAAGCACUGAAGAAAGGCGAAAUGAAAGAGGGGGUAUACCACACUUUAGGGGUGGAGGGUGCAGCAGGCGGAGAGGGUGGAUACGAAGCACUGAAGAAAGGCGAAAUAAAAGAGCAGGUAUACCACACUUUAGGGGUGGAGGGUGCAGCAGGCGGAGAGGGUGGAUAUGAAGCAGUAGGGAAGAAGGAUAAGCCCAGUGAGUCUGCAACAGCGGGCGAAUGAAUAAAAAAGGCGCUGCGCCACUGCAGGAGAAACAGGUUUAAUGCUGCAAACCUAAACCAUGCAGAUGUGUUGAUCUCGAUCUCAAAGUUAAGAUUCCUUGAUUUGAAUGAAUGUUUAAGAAAUCUGACAAACUCCAGGAGUCUUUCAGGCGUGAAAGUGUCAAUACAGAUUGACAAUCAAUAAUAAGUAAUGAAAAUAAAUCUGUGAGAGACUGUAGGGAACAGCUAGAGUGAGGUUUUUACAAUAACAAUUUUUUCAAUGGCAGGGAGAAAUGUUUCUAAUAUAUUAAUUAAAUCAAAUGAUACAGAGUAAAAUUUCAGCAAAAUCCAAAAGAGCAGCAAACACUUUGUGACACCAAGUCAACAAACAAGCAACACAUCCACACUUUACAUUCAGUUUAAUGUCUACAAAUAGUCUGCUUUAUUAACUGAUCAUGUCCUUCAGCUUUGAUGCUACAAGCUAAUAUUUGCAGUGCUCACUAGCGUUUCUGCUUACAUCAUUGCACAUUAUUCAUUCAUCUAGUUUAGGCAUUAUCACAUGAUUUAGAUUUCUCCAUCAUAUUUUUACUGUACUGUAUAAUGAGCAUUUCUGAAAGCUGUGUUUUUCUUUGUGAUAUAUACAAAAAUAUAAAUAAAUUAGCUCAUCAGCAAUGGGAUAAAUAUUUUGCACUGUGAGAUUCCUUUUAGCACUUAAGCCACUUUCUUAAUUGAUACUAUGUAAUAUUUUGACAGGUCAAUUUCAGAUAAACUGUUUUACAAAAAUGGUAUCAUCAUUUUUUGAGUAUGGAAGCUACAGCCUGAGAGUACAGGCAACAGUGAGUCAAGCUCCACGGUCAGUUUUUAAUUUUUUUUAAACUAUUCCUCGUACAAAAAUGAAUCAUCUUCACACCAUUAUUUGUCUUUUUAAAGUCAUGCUGAUUAUAACGGAUCAGCUUGUUGUCAUGUUGCUGAAUUUCUAUUUUGAAGGCAACACGAUUGAAGUACUUUGUGUUUCUCGUCUUUUAUCGGUUUCCACCAUUUAGUAUAAAUCAGUUAAUCACAAAUUUAUGCUUAGUGUAAACGAACCCUUGCUUAGCGUCCUAUAUUCAACCAUUUAAUAUCAAUAACAUUUUUCUCUCAAUAAAAUCACACAUACAACGCAGAUGUAUUGUGGCUAAAUGUAUUGCAACCAGUAAAUUGAGAUGCUAUUUGACCGGUUUUAUUGACAUUGUUUUAUUUCUUUUUCUCUUCUGAAAUGCUGGAAUGAGACAUUAAGAUUUUUUUU